CUGUGCCACUAUGGAUGUGUUCCGAAAUUAGUUUUCAGUAACAGGCAGUACUGCACUGGUGUUCCAUAAAGCCGCAGUGUGUUAAUAGGUGGUACUUAUGGUGACAGUGUUACUUUCUGCACACGUGGGUUCGUUUACAAUAGCGCCUUUAAUCUGACUGGUCUUUAUGAAAUAUCUUGUUGCAGCAAUUGAUUUUUCACAUUCUUAUUACAAUUUUUAUCUGGAAUGUUUAUAAUUUCCUAGAGCAUAAUGUCAAUCUCUCAUGAAACGGAUGUCAGACCUGGAAAGAAAAUCAAGAAAAAGGCAAAAUAUAGUAGUAAUGCUGAAGUAAAUGAGCAAGAACAACCAAUAAAUGGUUUUCAGGCAUCUAACAAAGAUCAGCAGAAAGUUAAGAGAAAGAAGCGGAAGGCAGAUAGUAAUGUUGAACAGUACUCUCCACAAAAAAAAUCAAAAGAAAAUGACAAUUCAACAAGUGGAGUCGAUGAAACUAUCAAUGAGGACAAAGAGUCUGACAGAGAAGAAAUGUCAGCAAAAGAAGUACACCACAUAACAGGCAAAUCCUUAAGAAAUAGUUUCAACUCGGCAGAGGGUUUAGAUAUGCUUCGAAAAUUUAUUACCAUUUGUCAGGAAAAUAAACAGCGAGACCUUGCUAGUGAAUAUUUACAUGCUGGUGGUAGUGCACUAGAAGUUCUAAGGCUAUUGGAUACCUCUGAUAAAAAGAGUAUCAACAAUGCAAUGACUGUCUUCUCAGCAAUGCAUAUUGUAAUAAUGAAAAUUCUAGCGCAGUAUCCACAGUACUAUUCGAGUGCUACAGAAGCCUGUCGUCACUUGGUGAACUCUCACUUAUCCUCAGUGCAUGCAAUGCUUUCUGCACAAAGUAAUGCAAAGCAUCGACGAGUCAUUUUACGAUUAUUAGCUGCUGUUGUAUCACUUGGGGGAUCAUUGCCACGAGAACUGCUUAAUCAUUUGUCCUUACAUACUCAGGUUUUGGAUGCUCUUACAAAACAUAGCAGACCAUCUGAUUCCCAAAGUGUCAGAACUUGUUUUAUUCAUUUUGUUCUUGCUUUCCUAGUCGAAGGAAACAUUACUACUAUCCGAGCAUUAUUAGAUAAACGUGGUCUUCUAUCCAGUAUAUUCCCUAAUUUAGUUUACGACUCUCAUACAAACGUUCAUUUAGUUCUUACUACAGUGAGGACUUACGUUCUUGAGAAUCCUGGAAUUAGUAAAACUAUAAAAUUGCAUACAUUCUCGACACCUGUUGUACAAAGUCUUGUAUCUCUCUACAAUUGGAAAGGUCCAAAAAAUUGGCCAGGAUACAAAAAGCAUGGUUCUGCUACAUCAGACGUUAUCAAUCUUGAAGAAAAGGAAAUUGCGCUGGAAGCUGUUCACGAAUUCCUACUAGUACUACUUACAUCGAAUCGCCAUGGAAUUAUUUUUCAUGACUAUACUUUAGGUACCUCAGGUCGUAAGCACAAUCAGUCAGUGAAUAUUAUACUUCAGAGUCUAGAUAGGCCCUGGGAACACGCCAAACCCUUAGAUUUGGUUGUCAAAAUUCUAGUAGCUUGUCCUGAUCUUGUCAGAUCACAAUUCACGUAUACAGAGCCCUUUUUAGAACCCAGAGUCUCAAAAAAAUGGGUUUCUGUUAUGCAAUUUAUUAAAAAGGUAAUUGAGUCGAUGGAUGGUGAAUCUUGUAUAAAAUCUUGCAUAAAUGAGCUCUCAGUAUCUCAACUAAUCAGUGCUGUAAUUGCUUUAACAAUGCCUUUAUCCAUUUUGAGAAAAGCUAUUGUACCAUCUUUAAGUCAUGAUAACAUUAUCCCGCGACAUGUAGCGAUGGAUGUUUUUACAACAAUGCUUACUAAACUUAGGGAAUUUACAAAGAUUAUUGAAGACAUUUAUAAAGAUUCUUCAGACCUUUCGCAACUCAAGCAUGGAAUUGCGGAUCACAUCCUUAAGAAUGCACCAACUUUGGAUACAAUUUUAUCAGUAUGGAUAAAAGCAUUUACGCCAGAUACAGAUACUCUGUCUUUAACUGAUGAACAGAUUGAAUUGAUCCCUACGAAAAGUAAUCAUUUAGCAGUCAUCCUUGAUUUAUUGCUAGCCUAUAAAGAUACUUGCCCAGGACGACUGGAAGCAGGAUUCAUAUCGAAUUCUGAUUUGCAGCCAACAGUGCUAUUAACGAAAUUGAACGAUUUGGCGAAUAUUAAUGAAGAGGAAUUGAAUGAUAUGAAAGUGAAGGCUUUACAGUUUCUGUUAGCUUUGGACUCUUCUGUUUUUGAUCCAAGCAGGGAAUUAUUUAGUACAGUCUUGCCGUUUUUAAUAUUGCUAUUAGACAGCCCAUCGAGCUCUGCUGCAUUACACACUAGAAGUACACUAAUUUCCUUAUUAAAUACUUCUGGACUCUUUGAGGCAUGUGAUGAUCAGACAGCAGUAUGGAUAGAGAACUUUUCCAGCUUACAUGAUGCCAAUGAAAAACUCGAAGUAGCUAACUGGUUAGUUAAAAUCAUCAAAAGUGUGUUAAAGCAUACAAAUAAAUACAUCAAUCAGAUAACUAAAGCAGAGGAAAUUGCUGGUGAACAAAUUCUUAGUGCUGACAGAAUCGCAGACAUUUUUGAGGAACUUGCUAGUAAAGAUGCGGAAAGUGAUAAUAUUCACAGUGCAAAUCUACAAUCUAUCACUCUAAUCCCGCCGAUUUUAUGCGCUGCUCUUGAAAAUUUGAAAAAGAAUCCAAAUGAAGUAUUAUUGCGUUACAUUUCUUACGUUACUGUUAAUACUCUCCAUUAUCAAGUAGCUCCUGGUACUUUGGUACAUUUAGCGCAAUAUACCGAUGAAUUACCAGCAAGAAAGUAUUUAUUGAGUUGGGUACAAGAUGGAAUACCAAUUCCCAUUAAGAAGCAUCUCGCUCCUAAAGUUGUUAUAAGUAAACUGAGCAAAGUUUUAUUGGGAGACAGUAACAUUGACGUAAAAGAUAUUUUUAUUGGAGAUAGGAAAAUUGCUUUUACGUAUAACAACGAGAAUGUCGAGUUUACACACUCAUUGAACGAAUACGAAGUUUUGUCUUUACUGAGAAUGACUUUGUUCUAUUUUACACAAUUUUUACAACGUGGAAAUUUUACUGCUGAACAAAAUAGUAAUUAUUCGUUGGUCAUUGUGUCUCUGUUACAUAUUGCUAAAGAUUUGAGUAAUGCAGAAAAUUCAUGCUUCAUCAAAGAAUGCACCAGGUGGAUCUUUACACACCCUGUUAUCCUGCAAUAUUUUUCUCCAUUGUGUAAAAAGAAGCAGGAACUUCAGAAAAAUUUUACAAGAAAGUUCUUGGAUAUUUUAGAAAUAUCAGUGAGGUUGAAUGAGAAGCACGAGAUUGCUGAAUUACUGUUACCUUUCAAAGAGAAAACUUUGGUACAGUUGGAGACAGCAAUAAAGAAAUAUCAAAAUGACUCGAAAGUGAAGAAUUCUUCAAUGGUCAUGGAAUUCAUUAGAAUGUUGCAACUCAAUAUAAAAGAUAUCAUCAGGCUAUUCACAAUUAUCUUAAAACUGCCACAGGAAAACCUUCUUUCUCAGGAUAAAAUGUCGUUGAGUAUGUGGGGUAUUAUUAUUCCAAAUUUAUUGGAAAUAUCUUCAAAAUUGAGAGGCUGUGUGGAACGGGGAGAAUCUCUAACGCUUGAUAAGAAUAUUAUAGAGAAAAUCAGUUCUGCUUUGGCGUAUCUCUGUAGAAGCGAUGUAGAUGUUAGUGCUUGGGAAAUUAGUUUACAUAAAUACUUGUUAAAUUAUCCUCACAAUAUUGCUGGGAUUGAUAUAGGUUUAUUUAAGUCUUUGAUGAAGAAGGCUUUAAAUCCCAAACCGAUUGAAUUCAUCUCGUUUCUCAUAAGUCGAAAUCCAAAAUUUAUUGAUCCUUUUAUUAAAUACAUUACCAGCAAUAAAAAUACUUCGAAUGAGAGUGAUCUAGUAUUUUCUGUACUAUCGGGUACUUUAAAUUGUAAAUGGGAUGUGGAUUUUUUAAAGAGAGUAUCUCAGACAUAUAUAAAAGACAUUCAGAAGUUCUUCAUUGAACCGAAGAUAGAGUAUAAGUGGAUUGAGAAAAAUUUAAGGGCUGUAAUGUACAUAAUAGAUACAAAUUUUGAUGCGGAGUUUUGUAUCAGCGUUAGCAAUACAAUUUUAACAAAUGGCGAUAAAUUAGAUGCAGUAAAUAUAAAUUACAUAGAGUUGUUGGAAUGUCUAUUUAACAAGGCAGCAACUUUGCAAAAGAAUAAUGCGAAUCCACUGAUAAAUUUCAUCCAAAUUCUGGUGCAUAUAACAGUGGCGACUCUAAAAAAAGAAUCCAAAAACACGUCAAAGCUUGAAGUACUUUGUAAAAAAUUAUGCAGCGCCAUCGAACGUAACAAAUCGAAGGACACUGAUUUUGCAUUACCAGAAUUAAGUAAAAAUUAUUCCUGGCCACAAUUCACACGUUUCUCACUGAAACUAGGUCUUAAAUCUUCCAAAGCUGAAAAACAGGAAUCUCCAUUGCUGAAAACUUUAAGCGCCUUGUGCAACGUAGCAUACAAAGAUAAUGAAGAACAUGAAUAUAUAAAAACUUUAUUUGAAAUGACGGUGUCUCAUUCGGAAUUUAUUAACAUAAUGCUAAGCUCCUCCGCCACGAAACGUGAUUUAGUGGAACUACUGUGGGUGCUUGUCAGGAAAAAUAAUUCCGUAAUGGCUAUGACUCAGAUUCCAUUAUACUUGGCUGCAUACAAUGCUACACUUAGUGAGAGUGAUCAAUUUAUUUUAAUGCUUCUGCGGUAUUACGAGAGUCAUAAUAUUCGAUUGAAUGAUUACCAACCGUAUCUUUGGGGUAAUGCAGCAGCAACGCAUUACAGUGUGAAAGGCGAAAUGGAUACAGCCUUAUGGCGACAACCAUCGACUUCCCAAGUCUUGGAUUUAUUCUCCAACGAAAUUGUCAACAAUACAAUAAGGAAUUAUCCUGUUCACAGAAGCUUAAAAUGCGAAGAAAAUGUACAAGCUGAAGAUUCAGUAUAUGAUCCAGCAUUUUACUUACCAUUGCUAUCUUAUUUAUUAUCGGAUAACAAUGUCGUAGCAUGUCACAAAGUCACAAAAAGUGGUGCAUUGGCAUUGGCAUUACUUUCCUGUUCAAGUAUUUGUGAGCAGACUCGAAUGGCAGGUUUUACUGUGAUUUCCAGAUUUUAUUUUCAUUUAGAAGCAACCAGUUCAAAAGAAAAGUUACUAUGGAUGCAUUUUGUGGAUUCAUUAAAAAACGGUAUUGCAUUGUCAGAAUCAGGCUUAAGGAAUAUUCGCCUGAGUUCUUUAGUAACAACGUUUUUGGCAAGGACAUCCUUAGUUACGACGCAGCCUUUGAAUCCACUUUAUUCACCCCUACAGUCCUUCCUCAUGGCUAAACCUGCUCUCGAUAUAAACACCAUUCCUGAGUUUCUUCAGUUAUUCCACAGUUCUGAGAUAGAGCAUGAAGCGCACAGACAUUGGAUACUCCGAGUGAUUCGAGACGGAAUUAAAACAGAAGCUGAUAUGGAAAUGGCCCUUAAGUGUUUCCUUUUCAAAAUGCUUCUUGAUUUUUACUCAUGCGCCUUGUCAACCUCUAAGACAAAGAUUCUCAUAUUGGAAGUCUUGGAAUCGACAGUAAAACUCCAGAAAGCUGCUUGGAUAUUAGUUUCCGGUUAUGCAUUGUUACCAUGGCUCCAUGAGGCUGCGGAAUCAAUAGAUUCUCGAGACAUGGAGCUGUUUAACACAACAGUAUCUCUUCUGAAGAAUUUAUUGAAAUCAAUUCCACAAAAUCAUUUAAAGAGUGGCCAUGCACGGACAAUGAUUCUGAGCAUAUUACUGACAUUGAAGUCACGACUGCCUAAGAACGUUAGCCUUACGUGCUACACAAAUUAUAUAGAAGCCUUAAAGAAUACAUUGACAAACAAAAAUAUCUGUAAAGGUUUGUCGAAAAAAGAUGUGAAAGAUAUAAUCGACAUGUCAAAGAAAUUGCUGGGAUCCAUUAACGACUGUGAAGACAUGCUAACAUACAGUUGCGAGUUUUCAGUAAAAACAAGCGAUUCACUAAGUAACGACGAGUUAACGAUAGCAAAGAUAUCUUUGAAGGAAUUAAUUUUCACAUGGUAUAAUCAUAGAAUUAAAUAAAAACUUCAAAUCUCUCCAA